GAGAGCGAGACACAGAGACACACAGCCAGAGAGUCUGACGUUUAUUCCCUGACUAGGGAGCCUCGCAGAAGAGAAGAAAUAUCUCUUAUUUGUUCUUAUAUGGAUAUUGAUUUCUUUUUUUCAACCCCUCGAACUCCUUUCCAGACUGGCUCCAUCACAGCAGCAGCACUGCGCUUCAUUGGAAUGUGCGCCGUAGCGUCUCCGGGACACGUCUGAAAAGCAAGACAGCCGAGACAGAAUAGAAAAAAAAGAGCUUCUGCAGUCAUUCAAACUCCUUUAAGAAAUCUAAAUGCCUCUCUUUUAAUGGGACAGAUUUCCCUGGACGCCUUACACAUUUUUGGAGACUUUUUACGCAUUUUGGAGACUUUGCCGAGUGAAAUGGGUGAUGGAAACGGACAUUUUGUCUAUUAACAGAGGAUAAUAAAACCGUAUAAUAUUUUCUACCCAAGUGCACUUGCUUUCCCCGGCGAUGAUUGUUCUUUUGAUUGCCCUGUGCAUCACGGAUGGAGUGCUCUCUCAGAUACGCUACUCGGUGCCGGAGGAGGCGGACCACGGCACGCUGGUGGGGAAUAUCGCCGAGGACCUGGGGCUGGACCUUACCAAACUGGCGUCCCGACGCUUCCAGGUGGUGCCCAGCUCUCGGACACCGUACCUGGAGGUGAACCUGGAGAACGGCGUGCUGUUCGUGAGCGAAAAGAUCGACCGGGAGCAGAUCUGCAAGCAGAGCGCCAACUGCCAGCUCAACAUGGAGGUGUUCCUGGAGAACCCGCUGGAGCUCUUCCGCGUCGAGAUCGAAGUGGUGGACAUUAACGACAACCCGCCCAGCUUCCCGGAGACGGACAUCACCGUGGAGAUCUCGGAGAGCGCCACACCGGGCACCCGCUUCCCGCUGGAGAGCGCCUUCGACCCGGACGUCGGCUCGAACGCGUUACGCACGUACGACAUAACCACUAACAACUACUUCUACCUGGAUGUGCAGACCCAAUCGGACGGGAACAAGUUCGCGGAGCUGGUGCUGGAGAAGCCGCUGGACCGGGAGCAGCAGGCGGCGCACAGGUACGUGCUGACAGCGGUGGACGGCGGCCAGCCGCCGCGCACUGGCACCGCGCUGCUGGUGGUCCGGGUGCUCGACUCCAACGAUAACGUGCCGGUGUUCGACCAGCCCGUGUACACGGUGAGCCUGUCGGAGAACGCACCGGCGGGCACGCUGGUCAUCCAGCUGAACGCCACCGACAUGGACGAGGGUCUGAACGGAGAGAUCGUCUACUCCUUCAGCAACCACAUCUCCAGCCGCGUCAAGGACCUGUUCAGCAUCGACGCGCGCACGGGGCGCAUCGAGGUGCGCGGCGAGGUGGACUUCGAGGAGAGCAGCCUGUAUCAGAUCUUUGUGCAGGCGAAAGACUUGGGGCCAAACGCCGUGGCCGCGCACUGCAAAGUGCUGGUCAAAGUCAGCGACGCGAACGACAACGCGCCGGAGAUCACCUUCAGCACCGUGACCGAGUCGGUGAGCGAGGCGGCGGCCCCGGGCACCGUCAUCGCGCUGCUGAGCGUCACGGACCGGGACGCGGAGGAGAAUGGACAGGUGCACGUGGAGAUCCUGGGCGACGUCCCUUUCAAGUUGAAAUCGUCCUUUAGGAAUUAUUACACCAUAGUGACCGACGGCCCGCUGAACCGCGAGCACGCGGACUCCUACUCCGUGACCGUGGUGGCGCGGGACAAAGGGACGCCGUCGCUCACCGCCAGCAAGUCCAUCCGAGUCCAGGUGUCGGAUGAGAACGACAACGCGCCCACCUUUACGCAGUCCGUCUAUGAUGUGUAUGUGACAGAGAACAACGUGCCGGGCGCGUACAUCCACGCCGUGACCGCUCUGGACCCGGACGCCGGACAGAACGCGCUCAUCAGCUACUCCAUCCUUGAGUGUGACAUCCAGGGCAUGUCGGUCAAAACCUACGUGUCCAUCAACGAGGAGACGGGCUACCUUUACGCGCUCCGCUCCUUCGACUACGAGCAGCUGAAGGACUUCACGUUCACGGUGCAGGCGCGCGACGCGGGCAGCCCGCAGCUCUCCUCCAACGCCACAGUCAAAGUCAUCAUCGUGGACCAGAACGACAACGCGCCGCUGGUGCUGGCCCCGCUGGGGAAGAACGGCACCGCCAGGGAGCCCCUGCCCCGCUCCGCCGAGCCGGGCUACCUGGUGACGCGCAUCGUCGCGAUGGACGCGGACGACGGCGAGAACGCGCGGCUGUCCUACAGCAUCCAGAGAGGGAACGAGAACGGCAUGUUCCGGAUGGACUGGCGCACGGGGGAGCUGCGCACGGCGCGCCGGGUGUCGGUCAAGCGCGACCCGCAGCAGAUGUACGAGCUGCUGGUGGAGGUGAGGGACCACGGGCAGCCGCCGCUGUCCUCCAGCGCCAGCGUGCUCGUGCUGCUUGUGGAUAGCGUGGCGGAGGGCCGCGGAGCCGGCGGGGACCGCGCGGGCACCGCCAAGGCCAAGGAGGGCACCCUGGAUCUGACCCUGAUCCUCAUCAUCGCCCUGGGCUCCGUCUCCUUCAUCUUCCUGCUGGUCAUGAUCGUGCUGGCGGUGCGCUGCCAGAAGGACAAGAAGCUCAACUUUUACACCUGCCUGGCCAGCGAGUGCUGCCUGGGCUGCAGCUCGUGCUGCUCGCGGCAGGCCCGCGCGCGCAAGAAAAAGCUCAGCAAGUCGGAUAUCAUGCUGGUGCAGAGCGCAGGCAGCGUCAGCGGGGCCGGUGGCACGGCUCACGUGCCCGUGGAGGAGUCAGGGAGCUUCGGCUCGCACCAUCAGAACCAGAACUAUUGCUACCAGGUAUGUCUGACUCCAGAGUCUGCCAAAACCGACCUCAUGUUCCUAAAGCCACGUAGUCCGUCUAGGAGCACAGACACCGAGCACAACCCGUGCGGGGCCAUAGUGACAGGGUACACAGACCAGCAGCCUGACAUCAUAUCAAAUGGCAGCAUUUUAUCAAACGAGACCAAACACCAGCGAGCUGAACUCAGCUACCUGGUUGACAGGCCGAGACGUGUCAACAGUUCGGCGUUCCAGGAGGCGGACAUGGUCAGCUCCAAAGACAGCGGCCACGGGGACAGCGAGCAGGGAGACAGCGACCACGACGCCACCAACCGAGGCCAUUCCUCCGGCGCCGACCUUUUCUCUAACUGCACGGAGGAGUGUAAGGCGCUGGGCCACUCGGAUCGCUGCUGGAUGCCGAGCUUCGUGCCCUCUGACGGGCGCCAGGGCCCGGACUACCGCAGCAACCUGCACGUGCCCGGCAUGGACUCGGUCCCGGACACAGAGGUAUUUGAAAGCCCCGAGCAAACGGCCGAUAAGUCAUUCUCCACCUUUGGCAAAGAGACGCCUCUCAGUCACCAACACCUCCACCACCACCACCACCACCACCAACACCUCCACCACAACCCUCUCAAAAACCAUCACCUCAGCCACCACCAGGGCUCCUUACAGGGGACAGAGUUGGAAGCAUUUGUGCCUAGCUCCAGAGCGCCUUAUAACCCGGCUUAUUUAACGAGGAAAAGGGUUUGCUAGCUCUUUCCGCGUGGACAUACCGGACACCGCGUGACUUUGCACAAUCACUCCCAGAAGACCAAGGCUAUAAGAAAAAAGGCAUCAAGUUUUCAACCCAUUUUGCCCUCG